AGGAAUCAAGUUUUGCGAUUACUCAGGAAGACAGAGCGUGACAGGUGUGUUUUAAAUUUUGAUCUUAUUGCCUUUUCAGGCGAUAAGUUUAUCAGUGUGCUUCAUUUCACAAUACAGAAACAAGCCGGGUGGCACUCAGCAGCUUGUGUCUUGAAUGUCAGUUCAUUUGUGUUAUUAAAAAAAUGUACCUGCGUGGGUAAAAAGCACAUUAUCUUGUGCAUUUGCAUUUGAGGACAUGAAUGUGGAAACACUGAUGAAUCGCCUACAUUUUGCCUGUAAGUUACUUUUCUUGUAAGAAUAUUCAACUCAUAUUUUCCGUAAUAAAGUACAUCCUACAAAUUUUACAGACGUACUGCAAAUUUUUGCAUUUCAUAGAGAAAUGAUUGUCGGCAUGGUAUUUCUGACAAUUCUUCGGCGAUGUAACAAAAAUAACCUUCUUGCGAUUUAGCAACUUGUGUCUGUUUCAGGUGCCCUGUGAUUGAGGGCACAUUUCGGCUUUGAGUAGCAUGCCUUAAAUUAUUUACUGUUUCAUUGAUAAGAACUGAGUAAUACUUCCUGCAGUAACGGUGAGACCGAAGUAAAGCAGGUUCUCUCUGUGGUCUAUGCUUACUCUUGGGUUCUAAGGCUGACUGUGCUCCACAUUCUUCACUUCACUGUUGGCAUGUGGUGUUGCAUCAUUGACUCUGUUGUAUGUCGAGUGUGUUAAUUGCCUGUGGGACUGUACUUCCUGGGCCGGCCUUGUGUUUCUGAAGGUCCACCCCCGCCUGGGACCUUGUGCCCCUUUGGUCCCACGGUCCCUGGUCUGUUUCUGUGAUAAUGGCCGCAUUGAGCUCACAGCCGUCCUGACUCAUUCCUUUGAGGUGAGCGAGUUUAUCAGACUCUUAACAAGUUUGUUAUCUGGAGGUGGGAGUGUUAGCUGUGUCUGUCUGCUGUCCGUAGUUUCUUUUUUUCGGAAUUGGCAUCAUUCUCAAGUGAGUAGGAGAGAGAAGAGCCCCGGCACUUGGACCACAGAAAUAUUACUUAACGUUGUUUCAUCCUUUAGACACCACUCUCAUGAAAUGCAGGCCUCCUGGAAUAGGAAUCGGACGGUGGUGGGAAACGGUGCUGCUCUCCUGUCUGGAGUUUGUGCGUUUCCAUAUGAAACCAGGGAAAGAAUCCUUGUCCUCCCAGCUAUCUUACCCGCAGCUGUGUCACCACAUAGUGCCGGGUCCAGUUGCUGAAGGUACUGAAGGCUGUCCUUUUGUGCAGUGUUUUAAAAACAAACAGAUUUGUACUCUUUUCAGCUGUGCAGACAGGAAUCCCUUUGAAGAUACAAACCAAUGUCAACUCUUAGGUUCAGUGUAGCAAACAGUAAUCAAAGUCAACCAGUACUAAAGUGUAAGCCAAUACUGGGUUUGUUCCUGAAGCAUUUUGUGGCACCUGUGUUGGAGUGCGUGUGACUUACAGGGGGAGCCCCCCCAGGAAUGAGGUUUGCAUGGUGCUGCUGUAGUAGCAGGGGGCUCCUCCUGCCAGCUGCUGCCAGUGCCCUGGAUGCUGCCAGAUGUUGGCCUCAUCGCUCCCAAAUAUGGCAUCACUUGUUAAGGCAACCGGCCAUCACCUUCACCCGUACGAUGUCACCAUGGGUUAGUUUCCAGAUUAGGAUCCUUGGGCUGGGAUUGAGAGUGGAAGAUUACUGGCUUUUAUUGCGGUGACUCAGAAGCUGAGUGCAGGUUUCGUUACCAUGUGACUCGUCCCGUCUGAUGGCCGCCAAUCCAGGAAGUGCAUCUUCGUGGGUGAGGAUUCCCAAAGGCUCAGGCCGUCAAGUGUAGCAUCCAGCAAAGUCAACAGUCAAACCAAACUAUUUGUCCCACGGGUCCUUUAACUGCAGGUGAUUCGUAAAUAGAGCACAGUGCGACUGCUAAGCACGUGUGUGUGUCAAGGGAGAGGCGUCAACAUGCCGUUGGCUCCGCCCCCCCAUGCGUACUCAUGGGAUGAAUGGUGAAGAGGUCCAUGGCUUCGUAGAUGGUGUCUGUAGUGGCCUCAGAGCCCGCUGCGGUCAUGUCCCUGUUUUUAAAGCGCACCGGGUCAGGGUGGGAGUUCCGGGUCAUGAAAACGUGCCACGUCGCUGUUGGAGCUGGAAGUCAGUCACCCCGUCUCGGGCGUUGGCCAUGAGGGUGUCAGCGGCGCAGGUGACCGCUUGCAGUGAGUCCAGCCGGGCCCAGUGAGGCCGAUGACAAGCAUGAACCCCCACGUCCUCCAUCUGAAUGCCAGCGCACGCCUCUCACGCUCUCCCUAGAGGCUGUACCCGUAACCCUGCUGCCAGCCCCGCCCCUCAGCCCACCCCCACCCCUCCCUGCUCCAUGUGACUCCGGUGGCGAGACCAACCCCAGGGCGCCCCCCGAUGGAUCACAGUAGUAGCGAGCUGGAUCACGAGGAGCCGGAUCCAGGAGGAGCGCGGCGCGCGGCGGCGGCGGCGGGCCGGAGGGCGUCGGCUCCCGAGUCCCGGGUGACGCACGGCGCCCUGGGGAAUGUCAGUGGGCUGGGCCUCAGCUUCAAGCAGCUCUUCCAGCUGCAGCGGCGCCGCCCCUCCGCCACGCCCCUCGGCUCAGAGCCCCCUGAGCCGGAUUCGUUUCUCGGGGAGCCGCCCCCGGGCCCGGCUGACACUGACCCCCCCGCCCCCUCCGCAGCUCUGAGCCGCGUGCUGCAGCAGAUCCGUGGGCCCCCCGGCAUGAAGCGAGGGAGCAGCCUGCAGAACCGCCGCAGCAAGCCUGCCUCUGUCGAGGCGCCCAGAUGCAGCCCCCAAACCCCUCGCCGCAGCCAGCAGGAGGCGCUGCUGCUGGCCGGCCGACCUCGCUCCUCCUCCACCACAGAGACGCCCAGCAGCCCUGGUCCGGCCCCCGCCGAGUCGCCACCGGGCGGGGGCCACGCUGGGGCCGAAGACGCCGAGCGGAUCGAGCGGUUAGAGGUCAGUGGCCUGGUGCAGACGCCCAACGCAGUGGCUUGUGGUGCCGAUGGCUCCUAUUCCGUGGAGGACAGCAGCCCCGACCCCCAGCGCACGAAGCAGGCCAUCACCCAGCUGCAGCAGAAGAUCCUCAAGCUGACGGAGCAGAUCAAGGUUGAGCAGACGGCAAGGGAUGACAACGUGGCGGAGUACCUGGAACUUUCCCACAAUGCCGACAAGCAGCAGCUCACUCGCAUCAAGCAGGUGUUUGAGAAGAGGAACCAGAGGUCUGCACAGAGCAUUCAGCAACUGCAGCGGAAGCUGGAGCACUACCACCGUAAGCUCCGGGAGGUGGAACUCAAUGGCAUCCCCCGGCAACCUAAAGACGUCUUCCGAGACAUGCACCAGGGACUGAAGGACGUAGGGGCCAAAGUCACAGGCUUCAGCGAGGGUGUGGUAGACAGCGUGAAAGGCGGCCUUUCCAGCUUCUCACAGGCCACGCACUCUGCAGCGGGCGCCGUGGUCUCCAAGCCCAGGGAGAUUGCCUCUCUGAUCCGCCACAGGUUCGGCAGCGCGGACAACAUAGCAGGGCUGAAGGACUCACUAGACGAGUCGCAGGGCGAGGAAAGCACCAGGCCCUUGGGCGUCGGCAGUGGUCUGCAUUUUGGCAGUGAGGACGACUGCUCCAGUGCCACCUCAGGCUCUGCUGGAGCCAACAGCACAACUGGAGCCCCGGCCGGGCCCCCCAGCUUGAAAACCAACACGCUGGACAACAUGCAAAACUCAGACCUUGACGCACUCUUCCACGAGGUCCGAGAGAUUCACCAGAACCAGGGCCGCCUGGAGGAAUCGUUUGAGGAACUCAAAUCUCACUACCAUAGUGACUAUGCCUUCAUAAUGCAGGCCCUGCAAGAGGAACGUUUCAGGUGCGAGCGGCUGGAGGAGCAGCUCAACGACCUGACAGAGCUCCACCAGAAUGAGAUCCUGAACCUGAAGCAGGAACUGGCCAGCAUGGAGGAGAAGAUGGCCUAUCAGUCUUAUGAACGAGCUCGCGAUAUCCAGGAGGCGCUGGAGGCCUGCCAGACGCGCAUCUCCAAGAUGGAGCUCCAGCAGCAGCAACAACAGGUGGUGCAGCUGGAAGGCCUGGAGAACGCCACGGCUCGCACUCUCCUGGGGAAGCUCAUCAACGUGCUGCUGGCUGUCAUGGCCGUGCUCUUGGUGUUCGUCUCCACAGUGGCCAACUGCGUGGUGCCCCUCAUGAAGACGCGCAACCGGACUUUCAGCACUUUUUUCCUGGUGGUCGUGCUGGCGUUCCUCUGGAAGAACUGGGAGGCCAUUUCAGGAUACAUGGACCGCUUCCUGCAGCCCCCCAGAUGACCGGCUCGGGCACCUGCGGGGGGGCAGACUGGUGGGAGGAGCCAAACACCCGAUCAAACAAUCUCUCUGAUGCUGAGGACAAGCAGCGUGGAAGCCACAGAGCACAAUAACACUGUGGCAAGAGUGGAGAGAGGAGAUGAAGCAAGGGGAUGUUUAUAUUUAGAUUGUGUUUUCACAGAAAGGAGUGGAUUUGUUUACAGUUUGUUUUUUUUGGGGAGGGGGGGUGAGGUCGCAAAAUUAAUAUUAUUAUGUAAUAUUAUUUUAUUUCCAGAAAUUAAUCACGUUAUGUUUUUGUUAUAAAUAUUAUAAUGAUAAUUAUUAUUAUUACUACUACAACUACUACUGCGUUUGAUUUGGUUGACAUGUAGCAUUGCGCGCUCAUUCCCACACGUUUCUGCCUGCCCCCCCAUCCCUCUCAGCCUUACUCCCCCACCUUUGAUCUCAUGCACUUCUUCUUCGGCUGGGAAGUGCGUCCUGCAAAAAAACAAGCACAUUCCGCAGUGACCUAAACAAGGAUUUGUUUUAAUUUAUUUAUACCCUCCGCUUCCUAUUUCCCAGUUUCCUGUAACCGGAGUGGAUCUUCACCACAGGGUGUGGCUCUGAUUGUCUGCGACUGAUGGAUGGAAUUUUAGAUGAAGAAAAAUUUGGAGCGGAAUACCUGAAGGAGAUGGUUUCUUUGUUUUUGGGGAAUAAGACCUCUCGUGAUUUUUACCAACACCUGGUUUGGAGAAGGAUAAAUGUCCUUUAAAGACUGCUCUAUUUUCCCACAAGCAAAAAAAAUAGAGACAAAAACACGAACAUACUUGAAGAGCAGAAUGCUCAAAGACUCAGUGCUUCCAGACUGUUUUAAUAUCCGUAAAAUAGUCGUUUUUAUUUUAUUUUUUAUUUUUUAAGAGGGGGAGAAAAUAUUUAAAUUAAAAUGAGUGAAUAAUUUAUAGCACAGAAGGCCAUUGUAAGGGUAGUGAGAGCAGAGGCCCUGGGCCAUCAGAAAGAGACCCCCUCUGGAUCUCGGGAGUUCAGGGGAUCUGGGUGCAGUGUUUCCAUUCUUGCCAUGGAAACAGGUGUCCCUGCAGCCUGUGCUUUCUUCCGCUGGCCCAUCGGCGUGCUGUGCUGCCCCUUCAUCCCACCAGUCCGAAGGAGGGCUACUGUGAAAGAUGUCAGCCGGUUCAGUAUUGAGGCAGGACCUGUGCAGUGCAGUCAGUGUUGACUGAGUGCCGGGGCGUUGAGUGGUCAGCACCGUGGUCUAGUGUUACAGAUGUCAGCGUAAAUGUUCUUCAGGGCAGCCCACGUGUCACACCAAAGGCUGCCAUUCACUCAAUGUAGAGUUCAUGUUGUUGCGUUCAUCACUCCCUGUGCCAAAAUUUUAAAAACAUUAAAUCGUACUGGUGA